AGGUGCAGGCCUAGAAGGGAGAUUGGGGGUGGGGCCAGGAGGUUUUCUCCAACUUUAUCAACCCUCCCCCUACGCAACCGGAGAGGUCUGGAAGCUAGGGCCCUCCCCUUGGGGCCGUAUGGGCUACAGUUAAGAUCUGUGUAGUUCAGGGUACAGCACAGGUUUGCUACGCCCUUUUCUAGCAACUUAUAAUUAAGUCUCCCUACCCCUGCACUGAUAAUUACAGAAGAGCAAACUGUCACACAGCUGCAAACCACCACAUCUAAGCAGCAUGCCCCACCCCUACUACUCAGUCUCAAGUGCCUUUUCCAGCCAAACCAGCCGGCCCUCACAGGACAGGGGUGGGCAAGGAUUUUCAGGCAACUCCAGGAAUUUGUGGGAAUCUCUCAAGGAGAUCCUCAACCUGCAGGGAAUGCCAGUUCCCUCAACCAGCUGGUGACAGUGGGGGGGGGGGGGGCGGGGCACUGCCUCUCUGGGGAGACAGUGUCCGGGAACCCCAAAACUGUAGCUUCUGCAGCGCUAAGCACUGGCCCUGGUGGGCUUGGGGUGGGGGCCAAAACAUUGGAGGAGCGAAGGCAAUGGGGUGGGGGGAAAUCUGGCCCCUCUGGGCAUCGCCUGUGGCCCACCCUAGCCCCCGGGGGUGAGCCCUCGUUUGGAAGUGGAGACCCUCACCCACAUCCCAAAGACUGUGAGAGAAGGGCUGGGAAUCUUCUGCCUCCCGUUCUCCGUCUCACAAGGGCUUUAUUUUUUUUCCCUUUCCCCUCCUCAUUCCCUUAAUUGCAGAUGUUCUAAUUAAACCCUCAAAUACUUGUUAUGCCGUUUUAAAAGGUACUUAUUCAAGUGUCAACCAGGCUGGGCUGGGAGGAGGCAGCGUAGGGCGGCGAAUUAAAGGUAGAUUGACUAAUCACGGCGGCGAUCAUAAUAAUAAAAUCAGAGGGAAAAAAAUCACAUUACGACUUUUCGUGGAAAGGAGGGAGCAGGCAGCCAGCGGCCGCCAGCCCUGCGCCGCCGCCGACACAAAGAGUACGGGCGAUUCCGCGAGACUGAUUUAUGACGUUUUACAACCCUAUAAAAGCUGUAGCGACGAGGCAAGCGCUCCUACCACCGCUGGCAGCUUUAGUCUAAUAAAUAAAACAUAAACAGUUAACUUUAUGUGUCACUUUUAUUGUUAUCAAGUAAAAUAUAGCCAAGCCUCUGCAAGCUAUGAUUUUAAACUAUAAUUGUUAUCAAGUACAACAAGGGGACCCGGCUCCCUCCCUGGGCUCUCCCUUCUGCUACCCCCCAACUCGCAGUCAUGAAAGAUCAGUUAAUUGGAAUGGGGACAGGACGUGGCCACCCCAGGCUGAGGGGGUGGGUGGGAAAGCAGCCCUUGCUUGCCCCACCUCUGUGGCCUUGCUGCCCCCCCCAUCAGGAUGCUGCUGUCCGUGUGGGUGGCAGAAAGAAGGGAGGGGGUGAGAAGGGGCUGGACACCCCCAAGGCCCUCCCCACCUCCCCAGCAUGGUGAGCUCAGCCCUCGGCUUUUGGAAGACAGCCGGGAGCUGGCCUCGGGAAUGCGUGUUUACAUGUACACACACGUGUUACGUGGAUACAGUCCCUGGCCGGAAGCAAGCAAUCUCUACCCUCCAGGGGGCUGCGGAGAGAAGAACGCUUGGGGCCUUGGCUUGGUCACCAUCCCCGGGCAGUGACUGCUGCGGGGGGCUCAACCCCCAGACCUCCAGAAAUGACGUCAGAAUCAUUUGCAUCCAGCUGCCUCUACCUGCCUGGUCCAGCUUGGACCCUGCCUCGCCAGCCCCAUGGCCAGAGGGUUGGAAAUUAAUGAUCAUGAGCUCGUAUUUGAUGGACUCUAACUACAUCGAUCCGAAAUUUCCUCCAUGCGAAGAAUAUUCGCAAAAUAGCUACAUCCCUGAACACAGUCCGGAAUAUUACGGCCGGACCAGGGAAUCGGGAUUCCAGCAUCACCACCAGGAGCUGUACCCACCACCGCCUCCGCGCCCCAGCUACCCUGAGCGCCAGUAUAGCUGCACCAGUCUCCAGGGGCCAGGCAAUUCGCGAGGCCACGGGCCGGCCCAGGCGGGCCACCACCACCCCGAGAAAUCGCAGCCGCUCUGUGAGCCGGCGCCUCUCUCGGGCGCCUCCGCCUCCCCGUCCCCAGCCCCGCCAGCCUGCAGCCAGCCAGCCCCCGAUCACCCCUCCAGCGCCGCCAGCAAACAGCCCAUAGUCUACCCAUGGAUGAAGAAAAUCCACGUGAGCACGGUGAACCCCAAUUAUAACGGAGGGGAACCCAAGCGCUCGAGGACAGCCUACACGCGGCAGCAAGUCCUGGAAUUAGAGAAAGAGUUUCAUUACAACCGCUACCUGACCCGGAGGAGAAGGAUCGAGAUCGCCCACUCGCUGUGCCUCUCCGAGCGGCAGAUCAAGAUCUGGUUCCAAAACCGCCGCAUGAAAUGGAAGAAGGACCACCGCCUCCCCAACACCAAAGUCAGGUCAGCGCCCCCGGCCGGCGCCGCGCCCAGCGCCCUGUCGGCAGCCACCCCGGGCCCUUCUGAGGACCACUCCCAGAGCGCCACGCCGCCGGAGCAGCCGCGGGCAGAGGACAUUACCAGGUUAUAAAACGGCGCUCACACCCCUGCCCCCACCCCGGGCCCCCACCUCCCCUCACACACAAACUGACUCUUAUUUAUAGAAUUUAAUAUAUAUAUAUUUUGGUUCUUUUCUCGCUUCCCCCCACCUUGUCCCUUGUCAAUUCCAAACAGACAAAAACAGAUAAACAAACACUCUCUCUGCCCUGUUCCCUUCCACUGUCAAGCAUGUAAUGUUGUCUUUAGCAUGGUACCUGCUGGGUUUUUUUUUUUAAGGCCAUUGAUUGGGGGGGUAUUUAUUUUUUAAGGAGAAAAAAAAAGCUGCAAAAAUUAUAUAUUGCAAGUGUGACGGUCUGGUUUGGGUGAAUUUCAGGGGAAAUGAGGAAAAGAAAAAAGGAAAAAGAGAGAGAUUUUUAAGCCAAUUCUCAUCCUUCUCCUCCUCCUUCCCCCCACUUUCCUUAGGCCUUUUGCAUUGAAAAUGCACCAGGGAGGUUAGUGAGGGGGAAGUCAUUUUAAGGAGAACAAAGCUAUGAAGUUCUUUUGUAUUAUUGGGGGGGGGUGGGAGGAGGGGGGAGAGACAACAGACAAAGCUGAAAUGCAUCUGAGGAGCCUCUCUGAGCUGCUCAGUUCCAGAGGCCAAAAGAAAAACCAAGAUGAACUUUCAGUUCAGAGAGAGGGUCUGUAGGUAGGAUCGCCCCCCACCCCCGUCGUGGUCGUUGUGUUUUUUGGACUGAAUUUACUUGAUUAUUGUAAAACUUGCAAUAAAGAAUUUUAGUGUCGAUGUGAAAUGCCCCGUGAUCGAUAAUAAACCAGUGGAUGUGAAUUAG